AUGUCGAAAGUUUUGGUGUCUUUGAUUAGCAAGAAGGUGCUAGGUGAAACCGCCAAGAAUCAUUUUGGUACUGAGGACCCCUACUUUGAAGAAGUUCCUGCUUCACGCCUCGGUCGUACAUUUGGAAAAAAGACCAAAAAACGCCGCAAGGCCAUCCCCCGGGUCCUGACCAAGGUCAAACGCAGAGCCUACCAGCUAGACUAUGCUCUUUUUAGCUUGUGUGGGAUCCGCUUCGGUUGGGGAAGUGUGAUUGGACUUAUUCCAUUCAUCGGCGACGCUGGCGAUGCUGCGCUCGCAAUGAUGGUAGUGAAAUCCUGCGAAGGGAUUGAUGGUGGACUUCCUCAUGCGUUGCGCAUGAAGAUGUUGCUCAAUGUGAUAAUGGAUUUCUUCAUUGGCCUCGUCCCUUUCAUUGGUGAUCUUGCCGAUGCAGUCUACAAAGCAAAUACUAGAAAUGCGGUCCUUCUCGAAAGUCAUUUGCGCCAAAAGGGUGCCAAGGCGGCCUCACGGCAGACCACCAGACGACAGGAUCGGAUAGUCGAAGUCGACAACAGUCUUCCCGAUGCAUUUGACAGACAAGAAGAUGGAGUUGUUGGCGACCGUCCACCGGCAUAUGAUGAUACGCGACCAUCGGGUCAUGGGGGCAGGAACAAUGAUGCUCCCCAGCCUCCAACCAGGCCCCAGCCGGCCAGACAGUCCCGGAAGUCAUUCAGCAGAUGGUUUGGUGGAGCAAGUCAUCCAGAGGAGGAUUUGGAGCGAGGUGGAACGAGGUAA